CUAAAAAGAACAGAAAAACCCAUACUUUGUGGGAUAUAGAUGGCGCGGUUGUUGCUACUGGUUUUCGCAUUCUGCGCCGUUGUCAUCGCCGCCGCAGGCUCCACCUUCGAUGAGUCAAACCCUAUCCGGCUGGCGUCGGACUUGGAGUCGCGCGUGCUCGACGUGAUCGGACAGAGCCGCAGCGCUCUCUCCUUCGCGCGCUUCGCUCUCCGCCACGGCAAGAACUACCACUCCGCCGACGAGAUCCGGCAGCGGUUUCGGAUCUUCUCCGAUAAUGUCAGACUCAUCAGAUCCACUAACAAGAGGCCUCUCACUUACAAGCUCGGCGUAAAUCAUUUCGCUGACUGGACUUGGGAGGAGUUCACUAGACACAGACUCGGCGCUGCUCAGAACUGCUCCGCCACGCUCAAAGGCAACUACAGGCUCACGGAUGCUGCUCCUCCUGAAGAGAAAGAUUGGAGAAAAGAAGGUAUAGUGAGCGAAGUUAAAGAUCAAGGUCACUGCGGAUCUUGCUGGACAUUCAGCACAACUGGUUCCUUGGAGGCAGCUUACGCACAGGCCUUUGGGAAGAAUAUCAGUCUCUCUGAGCAGCAGCUAGUAGAUUGUGCCGGCGCUUUCAACAACUUUGGCUGUGCAGGUGGAUUGCCGUCCCAAGCAUUUGAAUACAUUAAAUACAAUGGUGGCCUUGACACUGAGGAAGCAUAUCCCUACACCGGACAAGAUGGUGUCUGCAAAUUUACAUCUGAAAACGUCGCUGUUCGAGUCAUUGACUCUAUUAAUAUCACUUUGGGUGCUGAGGAUGAAUUGAAACAUGCUGUUGCUUUCGCUCGGCCAGUUAGUGUGGCAUAUGAGGUGGUGGACGACUUCCGAUUCUACAAAAAAGGAGUUUACACUAGUAACACUUGUGGCAGCACGCCCAUGGAUGUAAAUCAUGCCGUUCUUGCUGUUGGGUAUGGAGUUGAAGAUGGGGUUCCAUAUUGGAUCAUAAAAAAUUCGUGGGGAAGCAACUGGGGUGACAAUGGCUACUUCAAGAUGGAGUUGGGAAAGAAUAUGUGCGGUGUUGCAACUUGUGCAUCGUAUCCUGUUGUGGCUUAAAUUGUACGGGGAGAGGUACGGUGCCCAGAUUGGCCAAUGUAACUGUACCUUGCACCUCAUGCUUCCUAUUUUCCAUCAAGGUGAACUGUGAUGAUAAUUUGUAUUAUAUGUUAAAUAAGUUUGGAAUUGGAUUUCCCAUUCUCAUUUAGCUGAAUCACGCAACAAAAUGGUACUGUAAAUCAUAGAAAUGGUACUCUACUGAAAUUUAAGGAUCGCAUGCAGUGUGAAAUCUUGGUUCACGAACUUAUCAUCUGUGUCAAUGGACUAAACUUUGCUUA